AUGGACAUGGGUGAUCCCGUGGACGGUGUUUAUGAGUCUGGCCGCAAGAUCGAAUCCAUGCACCACUGGAACAGUUGGUAUACCAAGGAUGUGGUCAAGAUGACUACCGUUGCUGCUGCCGCAGGCCGCAAGUCUGUUCUCCGUCGCUGGGUCUUCGAUCAGGAGGAGUCUGUGAGCCCUACUGGCGAGCAUCUCCGUCACUUCUGGGUCAUGACGAACGGUUACUCGCUGGUUAAGUACACAUACGGCGAGCAUGUGCCAGAUGAUGCCAUCAACUUCGAUGCUACCGAAAAGACCUGGCCCGAAGACCCCCGCGGCUAUGAAGAUCGCCUGGGUCCCCUGCGUCCCGCAGAGGAAGAGGGCGUUACUAAGGAUCGUUGGUUGCUCCGUGAUGCAUUCGUGGUUGGUGAGAACGUGCACCAAUUCUAUGUUCGCGAAGAAGAUGAGGGCCACAGCGUGAUUGAGAUCGUUUGGCUCGGUCCCAAGGGCGGCGGUGGCGGUGGUGUGACUGACCAUGUCCUUCGCGGAACUUACCAGCAAUAA